GGCGCCAUGACGGCGCCGGGGUGCGGGCCCUGAGGGCCGGCGGCGGGCGCGCACCAUGAACUCGUGGGACGCGGGCCUGGCGGGUCUGCUGGUGGGCACGAUGGGCGUCUCGCUGCUGUCCAACGCGCUGGUACUGCUCUGCCUCCUGCACAGCGCCGACAUCCGCCGCCAGGCGCCGGCGCUCUUCACCCUGAACCUCACGUGCGGCAACCUGCUGUGCACCGUGGUCAACAUGCCGCUCACGCUGGCCGGCGUCGUGGCGCAGCGGCAGCCGGCCGGUGACCGCCUGUGCCGCCUGGCCGCCUUCCUCGACACCUUCCUGGCUGCCAACUCCAUGCUCAGCAUGGCCGCGCUCAGCAUCGACCGCUGGGUGGCCGUGGUCUUCCCGCUGAGCUACCGCGCCAAGAUGCGCCUCCGCGACGCCGCGCUCAUGGUGGCCUACACGUGGCUGCACGCGCUCGCCUUCCCCGCCGCCGCGGUCGUCCUGUCCUGGCUCGGCUUCCACCAGCUGUACGCGUCCUGUACGCUGUGCAGCCGGAGGCCGGACGAGCGGCUGCGCUUCGCCGUCUUCACGGGUGCCUUCCAUGCGCUCAGCUUCCUGCUCUCCUUCGUUGUGCUCUGCAGCACGUACUUCAAGGUGCUCAAGGUGGCCCGCUCCCACUGCAGACGCAUCGACGUGAUCACCAUGCAGACGCUCGUGCUGCUCGUGGACAUCCACCCCAGCGUGCGGGAACGCUGUCUAGAGGAGCAGAAGAGGCGGCGGCAACGCGCCACCAAGAAAAUCAGCACCUUCAUAGGCACCUUCCUCGUGUGCUUCGCACCCUACGUGAUCACCAGGCUGGUGGAGUUGUCCUCCGCGGUGCCCAUCAGCUCCCACUGGGGGGUGCUGUCCAAGUGCUUGGCCUACAGCAAGGCCGCAUCUGACCCGUUCGUGUACUCCUUGCUGCGACACCAGUACCGCAAGAGCUGCAAGGAGAUUCUGAACAGGGUCCUCCACAGGCGUUCCCUCCGCUCCUCCGGCCUCACCGGGGACUCCCACAGCCAGAACAUUCUUCCGGCCUCUGAGUGAAGGACGCUGCUGCUGCUGGAGAGCUUGGAAUGAGACGGCUGGUGAGAAGAGGGGGCGGGAGGGCUUGGGGCGCCUGGGCGGACUCCACCGGCCGCCACCAUCCGGCGAGCCCAGGGAUUCCGUUUCCCUGGCUUCGGGUGGGGGGGGGGCUCCGAAGCCUGCUUCCUGGUUCCUCGAGGGCAGAUGUUGAACUGUCCCUGUUUAUCACCAAAGGAUGACCAAGGGACAUGCUGUGCGCUGGCUUUUCUCUUGGAGAAGCUCCUUUGAGCUCCUAGAGUCACAAGAGACUCCCCAGGAGUCACACCCCAUCCGGUCAUGACCAAGGACACACAGUGCUGGUGGCAGGUGGGGAAGCAUGGCGUCCACCUGCUCACUAAGCCCUGGACGCUGGGCUCCAUGCUGAAGAAAAGCGGUGACCCCCAUGGGGCAUCAGUCACGUUGAGAGUGAGGCUGGCAGUGGCCGUUUAGCCCCACAUCUGGCAUGGCCACCCUUCUCCACAUGUAGUGAUGGCUGCUUUAAUCCAAAUAUCGUUCAGCUGGAACUCACUGACUUGUGCUCGGCUGGGACCCUUGGGCCCCCAUGUCCAAGGGGAAAAUGUUUGCCGACUAGUGUUGCCCAACUGUUGCUGACAAGUUGUCUUAGAAAUGGCUAUAUUGGAUUCAACUUUUAUCCCUCUCUUCCCUCCACCUCUGCCCCAAAGCUAACAUUUGUGUGUGUAGACAAUCUUAGCAUGAAACUGGUUUAAAUAAGCAGUUAUUACUACAUGUAAUAAUGUUCUUUGAAGUCUGACCCGAAGUCACCUUCUUCUGAUUCACAUGUCAUAACUGUUGGAGCGAAGUAGAGGCAGGAGGACAGUGUCUGGCAGGUCCCCCACGCCGGUUUGUGACCUGAAUUUGCAGGAAGCGUUUCACCUUGUCUCACACAUCUUGUCCAGCGUGUUCUCUUAGGUGAUUGGACAAGAACUGACCUGAGCAGGGUUUUAGCCUUGAUUUUAAGGCACUGGGUUCCAUUAUCCUAAGGGUUCAAUAUCCUAGUUUCUGUAAGUCAUCAACAGACAGUAGAGGCUUCCCAAGGUGAUCCAGAAAGUGCCCUGUGCCCAUAAUGGGAGAGUGAAAUUUUUAUUGAAAACCGUAACUCUAAAACAUAUGCCAAUCCACUAGCAGCCCCCAUCUUGAUUUAAUAAAAACCAAGGUGAGUGGACCUUGAACUAAAUUAAAUGCUUUCUGCCCAUCCAUCUUUUUAUUUUUAUUUUUUUUACCAUUUCAAAUAUUGUGUGAAUGCUAAGAGCAGUUCUUUCUCUAUCCUCCACUCUAUGUGAUUCCUCCAGGGUGGAAAGGAUGGGAGCACAAGGCUUAGAGGGCUCAUUCUCUCCUUCCUGCUCUGCAAAUCCUAACUUUGGAAACAUAGAAGGGAGGACCCAUUUCAAUAGGGACCAACCAGGAAGAGCCUGAAGCUUUUCACUGCCAGGUGGCCCCAGUAUUGAAAAACGAAGUGUGUGCAUGUUUGAAAAGAUGGCAUCUUAUUAACUUUAGCUCCUCAUUUAGAAAACAAAUCACUGAGCCUGGCCUACUCUUGUCUAGUUUCUAAGUUUGCAUGGAGACAGACAUAGCCUUUGAAGCCUUGCCACCUUCCCGUUGCAGCUGGAGGUGUGCUCACACCUGCUUGGAGGAGCCAAUGGCACACACCCCUUCCCAAUUCUGUGUUCUGGGACAUAAGCUUGGUAGCUUGAAAUCAGCUGUGAUGGGCAUAUUUAUACCAAGAAAGUCAGUAAAGGCUACAAAUCGGGCCUUUUUCUCCACUGAGAGCUCAUUGCUAAACACCUACCAGCACGUCACUGCCCAGACAGGACUUUGUGUGUUACUGAAACAAAACUGCUCGGAUUCAGAGCACAUUUGGCCACUCAAGUUUGAAUCACAACAGACAUUCUUUUCUGUGGCUCUUUCCUAGUGUCAGGCAGCUGUUCACCCUUCAUUGUCCCAACAUCAAAAGAACCAAUGAGGUCGAGGACAAGCACAGAGCCAGGAAAAUAAGCACAAUUGAGUCUGACCAUCUCCCUUUCACGCAAACACUCCUUGGGCAGCAGAGGCGUAGUGGCCCAGUGGAUGAGGUCAAUUGACAGUCAAGUUCAAACAAACAAAUACGUUUUCAUCAAUGUCAGGUUGGAGGAAUAACUGUCAUCUCCUCUUCCUGCUCCCUCUGUGGAGGCAACAAGUUGUACUCCCGGAAGCAACUCUAUCCCUUUCACCUCUUCUUUAGUGAAAAAAUAAGAUCUGUUACCUACAGUGCCACGUGUCUUGAAAAGAUGCAUUUCAUAAAUUACACUGAACCUUAGGACUGCCAAAAAAACAAUAAAACCAGUUGUAUUGGCAUCAUGGUGACAACGCCCCAGAUAUGCCAGUCGGCUGGGUAUUUUCAUUAUUAUUUGAACACAGGCUUCAAAACCCUAGGAGAAGUGAGAAGAAAAUCGCUGGGUUGGCCAUCGGCGUCAACCAACUCUGCUAGAAUUACCUUUAGCUAAAUGUUUAUAUUACAGUCCAUAAAAUUCUCCCCAGCUUCUUUAUUCCCAAGAGAAUUAUCUACCUCAUUUGGUAAUUUAUCAAACGUAACAUGGUAAUGUGGAUUUCUCAGGUAGAACGCUUAGAAAUGUCCAGAUCAGCAUCUAUGUCAAGGGCCUGGGAUAACUUCCUUGACGUCAGUCUAGAAUAAGGCUUGAUGUUAAAGGCCCGAACUUGGGUAGACAGCUGGGCUCGGUGUGAGAGCAAUUUAAGAAGAUGGAAAAUAAAGCCUCAAUGGAGAGGCUCUCAAAUUCCUAAACCCACAUCCGGGGCUCAGUUUCUAGCCCUACCUGAUCUGAACUUGUAGGUUUCAACCCCAUCUGUGAUGGCUUUUGCAGUCACUCUGCAACUCGAGCUUUUCUUUAUGCUGCUCCUUAGAGGAGAUUUCAGGGCCCUGGGAGCCACUGAGGGAAAAGUGUUGUGGCAUUUGGGGUUUGUGUGUCUCAUGGUCCGCUGACCUCCCAAAGAUGCUUCCCUAAGAGCCUGCCUAUUUCUACUAUGAAGUUGCCUUGACUCAUCUCACACCAACUGUACAUUCCAUCUAGGACUCAGCUCAGACUUCUGCCGCCGUGAGCAAUAAACCUCUCUCCUCAUGUUUGUGAAGCUAGUUUUCUUUUUCAGGAUGCCCUUCUUUCUGAGAGAAGAUGGAAAGAACAGGCCAAGUCCAGGUCCUGGUUGCUGUCCUUUUGCAUACUUUAGUGCAGGUAGAUGAUGCCUUUGCAGGGCUGCAGUGGGACCCUCGGGGGGACCGCAGGCUGUGCAUUUUUAGAAUUUACCCAAAUUCAGCAUCGACUAAUUUGCCUGUGAUUUCAACGAGGUUAUUUUAUCAGGUGCCAGAAAUUCCUCACAUCUGCUCGUAUCCUUUGGAGCACUUGCACCACAGGCGAGAGAGAAGUCCUGGAUGUAUUUGAGGCUCCCACUACCUUUCUGGAAGGUCCACAGCGUCUGCAAUGAAACCACUGGCUCCUGAACUUUACUAUCCACAAGAAUCACCAAGAUACGUCGUUUAAAAUUCAGAUUCCUGAGCUCCUUCCCUGGAGAUCUGUCUAAGGAGGUCUGGCAAGGUCUAGGAUUCUGCAUUUUCAGACAUCAGGGCCCAGGUGACUGUGGCAGGUGGACUUCAAAGUGUCCUCCCUGAGGAAAAAUGAUCUUAGACACCUGGAUAAGCUCUAUGGAAAACUGGCUCUUUCUAAAUAUCUAGGUUUCAGUCGUCUUCUAUGGUUCCCUAACAUGCCAAACAGUUCAAGCUCCAGCUUACUCAAGGGCUGAGUCAUUUUGUCCCCAGAGGGACAAAAUUGAUCACGCCAUGAAAUUUUUAAAACCUGUUUUCACGAGACUCUGGUGGAAGGGGAGCAGCUGCCCACUCUACCUCCGAAGGCCUUUGCAAAACAGCCUCCUUCCUCUCUGUGGGGCUCCCGGCUGGUAAGCACGAGAUGUGUUGGGUGUUGGCAGGGUGGCAGCACUCACUGGCUCAGACACUGUGUUAGAGAAAAGGGAGCCUGGCGCUCAGAGGGCCCCGGAGGGAUGCUUGCUUGCGUCCUGACACAGACUCUGUCCGGGCAGCCUGGCUGGGGGAGUCGAUGGCUUCUAGCCCCUUUGCUACUAACCAGAGCCCUCACCCCUGCCCCCCUUCCAACCAGCUUCAGACCCAGGGGGCCGAGCCAGCCGAGGCAGGGCCAGAGAGAGACAGUGCUGGAUGCCCACCCUUGGGUGUGGGUCUUUUGUUGGUUCCCCGCUUCAUCCAGCAUGGCUGACCCUGCUGGGUCCCCCACGAGCAGCUCGUAAUAAUGACAACCUAAGAGCCGGUGUGUCCUGAGUGAAGACUAGACACCAGACAGCACGCUGAGAGUUUGGGGGUAGCGUUUCCACGAAUCCUCAUAAUAAUCCUACGAUGUCAGUACUAUUACUCUCUCCUUUUUACAGAUCGGGCAAAAUCUGUAGGUCCUCGGGCAGCAUGUAGAGAAAUUUGAGGGGCAACACAAAAUAGGUCUCCAGAAGGGUGGGCUGGUACUGACGGGAAGUCCCCAGCUUCACCCAACUCUGGGCAGUUCAAGGAGGAGCAGGCGACUUUCCAUCAGCAGCAGAGAACCCUGUGCUCUCAGCUCCUGAGCUGACACCCACACCGGCCAGCUGGGCCUUGGGCCCCUCUGGUCACGGCCACCCCUGGUCUUCUCUUUCUCUGCAUGUGCUUCUUGGGGUGUUCGAGGGUAAGAUGCUCGGCAGCAACCUCUGUACCAGAAUUUAUGGUCCACAAGUCCUUUUCAGCUACAGAGAAUCUAACUGACUAAACGUUGUAGGUGUUUGCGGACUUAUUGUCCGAAGAAUUUUCCCGAAAGUCUGGGCCAGUAGCCUUCACGGGCAUUAGUACAACACAGCAGUGCCUGGCACUGAAGCUGACCUUUCCCCUUCACACAGAUGCCGAGAGGUUAACAUGGAGAAGCCCGUGCUGACCUGGUGGCUAUAGUGGGGAGAGCGUGGGGAGAGGGUGGGAGAGGCUGUCGCAGUACCCACCUGUCACUCCUCUGACAUUUACGGAGCGCUUCUGUGUGCCAGGCCCUGGGCUGUGUCAGACUCCAGGGGAGACCAGAGAUUACAGUGUGGAGGGCGGAGCUGCCCUGGAGCAGUGUGCACAGUGUCGGGGGUGCAGGAGGAGGGCUGAUGCACUUGGGUGGGGGAGGAGCGUUCUGGAAGGUUUCCUAGAGGUGGUAGCAUUGGGCCUGAACCUGCAGUAGGGAAGCGCCUAUGACGAGACAUUAAGGAGGUGUGAACAACGUGCCCAGUGGGGAGUCUAAUGGGGCGGGAGCUUAGCGUGUGUCUGGAAAUAGGAUACGUUGGGCACCUAGGAGGUGACAUGACUCCUGAGACAGAGUGGAUGUGAUCUGUGGUCCUGGGGAGAGCACCGAGGUCUUGAACUUGGGAGUUUCAAAAUUAGAGCUCUUUUAGAAAGAGAAAAUAUGGGGGAAAUCCACAUAUAUUUAGCUAUUGACAAAGAGA